AUGCAUAAGAGGAGCUAUAGAAGGGAUGGAACCCAAAGAGGCGGGUACAUAUCCCAAAAACCGAGACUUAUGAAAGAACAAACAUCGCAAGCACCAAGAGAACCAACCCAGCACCAUUUUACAUACCAAGAUAAGCGAGCUUCAAGAGAUUCAGUGACAUAUCCACCUGCUGAGAACACCAACUACACAAAUCUAAGAGGUGUUAACAAGAGAAGUUCGCCAGAAGGGGUUCAACAACCACAAUCCCAUUAUAAAUAUAAGAGGCCUAGAGAAGGAGCGUUCCCUAAAAGAAUACAAUUAACACCUCAUUUCAGAAAGGAGUUUCAAAAUAAAGAGUUUACGCGAACUCAACCAGUGCAUAUCAACGAGGUCGUCCCAGUUAGCCCAAAAAUAGGACCAUACAUGCCAAUGCUACACCCACAACAACCACUAGUUGGAAAUAUGCAGAAUUUGUCACACAUUCCGCAGAAUUUUAUUAAUUCGCCGUUUUCAGGACCGCAAAGAAUGCCAUUUGGACCGAAAGAAUCAAUGAUGCAUAUGAUGAUACCACCGCAACCAGUAGUUUUUGAUAACCUAAUGCCGUUCCCAAAAGCACCAAUGAAAUUGUUAGACAGUCCAGUUUCAGGGUUACAGAUGAAUUUUCUAGAAGAAUACCACCAGUUUAACCUUAAACCAGGGUUAAAUUCCGUAGAAGAAUAUGAAAGGAUACACUUUAAUAUAAGGCUGGAGAAUUUAUACAAGGUCCUGAAGGAGGUCAACAGAGUGUCAAAUAAAAUCAAAUUCACACUAAUUUCAAUAUUUAGAGUUAGAGUGGGAUACAGACUAAAACCUUUCGAAAAAGCUUACUUGGAAAAUGCAGAUAGAGUGUAUAGAUAUUUGCUUUUCAUGUACCUGAUAAAUGGAUAUAAGGAAUCGCUGAACUUUGAGGAGAAUCCGAAUGUUAACGAUGUGGCCUGGGAAAUGGGAAAGUUUCGGAAAUUUUUCAAUGAAGAAUCAGAUGUGUCGGUAGUCUGCAAGUCAAUUUUGAUAAAUAACAGAAGUAAAAGAGUUUUAAAUGAUAAUAGAAAGGAUUAUAGAAAUAGUAUAAUGGAAGGGUAUAAGUUAGUUAAAUGGGAUAGUUCACCAAGAAUAACGUACUUAUUCGAUAACUAUAGACUCUAUGACCCAUCAGAAAUUCCGGAAACCAAAGAAGAUAAAAACAUAGUGUUAAUCAGAAUGUUGGAUGUAAAAAGCAUAAUCAACAACCCAGUGAUAUUCAAAAAUUUAGGCUCCAUGUAUACUAAUAUAAAUGAGUGUGUGCUCAAAAUGCUCGGUUACUACUCUUUGAUUUGUCCCGACGAGUCGUACAUCAUAAUAAUCUCGUCAAUUCUGCCCACCUUGACUCUGAAACAACUUAAGAUAUUCUAUUUAAAUCUCUCAAAUUUGCUAGAUAGUAGUAAGUGUGAUCUCCAGAUUUAUUAUCUGGAGAGAUUUAUCGAACGUUUUUUGCCGAUAUGCCUGAGCCAGAACAGAGAAUGCUGGAAUCCCAUUAUAACAAAAAUAGUAAGUCAAAUCAACCCAUUAAAGCUGACGAAUAAGAAGUAUUUAACGUGUUGUAUCUCACUAAUCAGGUCAUUGAAGAGUUUCUGCGACAUUUUUGUGGAGUGCGAAGAGACGACAGUUUCAGUAUUCCUCAUGACCCUCAAGUACCUGAUUGAGUCAUCAGAAGACUCAAGGAUACUGGUGAGAGGAGAAUCAACUGAGCUGUUGAUACAAAUCUGGUUGAAUCCGUCUGGGAAAAAAAUCUUGAUCAAGUACAUGAAUCACGAUAUUAUCAGGAUACUGGGAAGUUUGUCGGGAAUACAGUCAAUAAAGUUAAAUAUAUGGUCGUACUUGCUUUCAAAAGAAGGAAAAGAUGAAAUUAUGAGUUCAAAAGGAGUUAAAACUGAAGAGUCAGUGUUAAGUUGCAUAUUUAGGGAAAAUUACAGUGAUAAUAAUCUGACCAAACUUAUAGGUCAAAAAGAGCUUUCGUAUAUAUACAGUUUGUUUCCAACGUUGUCAUUGCCUAACAAGAAUAUAGGUACAGGAGAUAUUAAAGAUAAACAGUACCUUGCUAGAGUGGCCCUGUUUUGUAAAAGUAUUCUCCAGUUUGAAAAAUUGUCAGUAGUUGUUAGACUAUCGUAUAUGUUAUACAAAAAGUAUUUUAAAGCCACAGUUAAUGUUAGUAACGUGGAUAGUAACAAAGAAAGUAUAGAAUUAGUUGUCAAAGAGCUUGAAAAAAAUAAUAAUUUGGGAAUAUUCGUUGAGCACUUUUUGAUCAUACUGAUGAACAACCUAGGAAUAUCAGCCUCAUGUCUGGAGUCAGCAAAUGUGAAGUUGUCAGUGAUAUUGGAUAUGUUAUUGUUUAAUUUUUCGUUCAAUUCUUCAUUGUCGUCAGCGGUUAGUGAUAAAAAGGAUCUAAUUAGAAUAGAGAAUCGUAAUUUUUUAAAUUUGAUAAAACUAACAAAUAACAACUCAGUCCUCCUAUUGAUUAACUUAUUUGAAAAGUUCUUCUUGUUUAAUAAGUUCUGCAAUUCAUUAAAGCCAGAAGUACGGGAACAUUUGGAAGGAGAUUUUGAGAAAUCAGGUCCUGGAGUGUUUGACGUAAUUCUGAACAUAAAUGUUAUAACGUACUUCAUUAACAAUAACGUGGAGAUGCUGAGAAUGAUUAUUAACUAUUUGGAGAACAUUAUAUACCAUUACAACUCUGAAUUCACGACAACGUUCUGUCUAAACACUAUAUCCUCAUUUGUAAUAUCAUCAAUGGUCCAAGUUAUGUCCAGCUUCAAGAGACUGAUCGCUGAAAAUGAACAGCCGCAACUAAAGGAAAUAAUCGGAAUUAUCAAGAAGGCGAAUCUUUAUAAAUUGCUCCUACUGUACAACUUAAACAUAAAUAAUCUAAAAUUAAACGCGGCGAAUAUAGCAAUCUCGUAUAACCCAGUGAAGGAGACAGUUGUCACAAGGCUGAAGACAGAUACAAACGUAGAUGAAGUUAAGUGGUUAGGGUAUAAAAAGAUAGUAUUAGCGAACGUAUCGUACGAUAAUUUGACCAAAUUUAUCUUGAUCCAGUCAUACAUGCUAACGUUGGAGUUUUUUAGCAACUAUCAGUAUUAUAAUAGUGUUAAUAACUUCACACUUCCCCAACCAAUUGGUGAGUUAGAGAAACAACUUGAGGAAGAACCUGAACAAUUAACUGAAGAAAACUUGUUACUGUCAAUAAUGACUAAGGACGCAAUAUUUGUGAAUCACCUUGGUAAAUUAAUGAACAGCAAUUACAAAUUGCCCAAUUAUGAACUUUCAAAUAAUGUUGAGUGCCCAAAUACCAAGGAAGCUGACUAUGGGUCUACAUUAUUGUUAUACAGAUGUAAUUUCGAAUUAUUUGAUGACAAAAAACAUGAGAAUGAGGAUUCCAAUGAAGAUGAGCUGAACUGUAAAGUUGGAUACAUGAUAGACCGCAUUGUGAUAUUAUCAGUUUUUCUUGAUUCUAACCAGAUAGAUAAAAGUGUUUUAUUUCCAAAUGUAAAGAAAAUAGUAAGAAAAGCCGAAUUUGAUGAAAUGGUAGUGGAAAUACUUUCCGAAGUAUAUAACUUUGGCGUAUUAGUUAAAGAUGAAGAUGAGGAGGAGGAGGAGUCUAACAGUGAGUUGAUUCUGUACGAACUACUUUAUUAUAUAGUAAAAUUGUCAUUGGCAGGGAGUAAGGAGACAAAAUCGUCAGAUGAUAAGAAUGAUGAAAAUAAUUUUAAAACUGAGAAAGUGGUAGAGGAAAAGUUUAAAACGGCAUUAAACUUAUUAGACAAGUUAUUGAGUAAACUAUCAAGUGUAAAUAGUAUGUCAGAUCAGGAAGUGUUCAACAACUCAAUAAACAAAAUGUUUAAAUUGAAGCUAAAAGAUGAAAAUUACACAUUAAUAGAAAUCAAUGAAUCUGAUCAGGAGGAAGAUGAAGUGUCAGAAUCCAAUGAAAGUGGAGAUGAAUUGAAAACAGAAGAACAAAGUCCUAAUGAAAAAGAAAGCAGAGCAUAUUUAUUGCCUGAAAAGGAUAACACAAGACUGGUGUUAGAAACUAUAAUAAAAGACAAAUUACUGUGGGAAAGAUUUAACAGGUUUCCAAUAAUUCUAAACUCGCUUAUUAAGAUAUCUCCAACCAACAAUCUUCUUCUAUUCUUCUCCUCUUUCACAAACUUGCAACUCAAACUAAACUACCAAGUUAAACAUAAUCUGGUACUUACUGACAAUGAAUUAAACCACAUACUGACUAAUCAUGAAUACCUGUUUUCCAUCUUGAAUGAGGAUCUGUUAAAGAUAAUUAAUGAACAUAGUUCUGAUGAACAGGAACUAGAAACAAUGGAACAGUUUGAACAUGGAGAGUGGUUUAGGUACUAUUUCCUGUACGUUCAACUAUUAGUGAGAAUGUAUGAGGUGAAGCACUAUAACAACCCUGUUGUUAACAUGGAUAGGAAUUUUUACAGAAACUUUACUAUGCCUUUGGUUGAAUAUGAACAGCUGAGUGAAUAUGAAUACUUAUCAAAGGAGAUUGUAUUGUAUCUGUUAAAUUGUAAACAGAUCACAAACGACAACAACAUAGUGUGUUAUGUGGGUUCCGAUUCAAAAAAGUCACUGUUUACAUAUUUCAUGAAGGGAUACAACCUUUCUGAAACAACGAAUAGUAAUAAUGAAAAAGAGAAACAAUCCUCAGGAUCUGAACUAGAAGAUUUGUAUUUACUGCUUUUUUUCUUGUCUAAAAUUAGCAAAGUUAACAAUAUAAGGAUUUUACAAGUAUUCGUCUUUUCGAUUUUUCCAAUACUAAUACACACUAUACCGAACAAGAUAAUUUUUGAUUACGUCUACAACUCACUUAUAAACAUCAAAUUGGGUAAAUACCCAAACUCGUUUCUUUUUAUCAAAAACUUGCUACUCACCGUACUCUUCAACUGGUACCAUAAAUAUUUCUUCACCUACAACUUCUUUAUAUACCAAUACAACAACAACCAGAUCCUAGAUAAGGACUUUGUCAACCAGUACAUUACAAAAUGCCAGAAUAAUUAUGAUAUCGAGUUAACUUUUAAUUUCACCAAUAUAAAGAUACCUCUGUGUGUAAUUAUUUGGGGGAUUUACUAG